CUGACGGCGGGGGAGGAGCCGGGUCCACUGCCGGGUGGAGGGGCCAGGCGAGUGUCCUUAUCCUAGCAAUUGGGGCUCGGGCCUGUAAGCCCGUUGGAGUCGCGGCGGCGAGAACGAUUGGGCUGAGCGGAGGAAGACAUGUUGCUCUUCGUGGAGCAUUUGUAGGGUUAAGUGGCUUGGGAUUUCUGUUUCUGAUAGUAAAUAGCAGGUAACAUCUAAAGGAACUGGUUUAAAUCCUAAUGCCAAAGUAUGGCAAGAAAUUCCUCCUGGAAAUACUGAAGCCACUCAAGUAACUCAUGGAACUGAAAGCUCUUGGCAUGAAACAGCAGCCACAUCAGGGUCUCAUCCUGAGGGUAAUACAGAGCUUUCAGAUGAUAUGUGUAAGGAAUAUGAAGUAAUGUAUUCAUCUUGUGAAACCACCAGAAAUACUAUAGGCAUUGAAGAAUCAACCGAUGGAAUGAUUUUAGGGCCAGAAGAUCUGAGUUACCACAUAUAUGAUGUUUCUGGGGAAGGUAAUUCAGCAAUUUCUACAGAAGACCUAAAAGAAUGUCUGAAGAAACAAUUGGAAUUCUGUUUCUCCCGAGAAAAUUUGUCAAAGGAUCUUUACCUGAUAUCUCAAAUGGACAGUGAUCAGUUCAUCCCAAUUUGGACAGUUGCCAACAUGGAAGAAAUAAAAAAGCUGACCACAGACCCUGAUCUAAUUCUUGAAGUGUUGAGAUCUUCUCCUAUGGUACAAGUUGAUGAGAAGGGCGAGAAAGUGAGACCAAGUCAUAAGCGUUGUAUUGUGAUUCUUAGAGAGAUUCCUGAAACAACGCCUAUAGAGGAAGUUAAAGCUUUGUUCAAGAAUGAAAACUGCCCCAAGGUGAUAAGCUGUGAGUUUGCACACAAUAGCAACUGGUAUAUCACUUUCCAGUCAGACACAGAUGCACAACAGGCUUUUAAAUACUUAAGAGAAGAAGUUAAAACAUUUCAGGGCAAGCCAAUCAUGGCAAGGAUAAAAGCCAUCAAUACAUUUUUUGCUAAGAAUGGUUAUCGAUUAAUGGAUUCUAGUAUGUAUAGUCAGCCCAUUCAAACUCAAGCACAGUAUGCCUCACCAGUUUUUAUGCAGCCUGUAUAUAAUCCUCACCAACAGUACUCGGUCUAUAGUAUUGUGCCUCAGUCUUGGUCACCAAAUCCUGCACCUUACUUUGAAACACCACUGGCUCCCUUUCCCAAUGGUAGUUUUGUGAAUGGCUUUAAUGCACCAGGAUCUUAUAAAACAAAUGCUGCUGCUGUGAAUAUGCCUCGACCAUUCCAAAAAAAUCGUGUGAAGCCUCAUUUUAGGUCAUCGAGUGGUUCAGAACACUCGACAGAGGGCUCUGUGUCAUUGGGGGAUGGACCAUUAAACAGAUCUGGUUCAAGGAACUUUCCAACUGAACGGCAUAAUCCUACAGUAACAGGGCAUCAGGAGCAAAGCUACCUUCCAAAAGAAACUCCUCCUAUACAGAUGGAACAGAAUGGGGACUAUGGUAGGGGCAGGAGAACUCUUUUCAGAGGUCGAAGACGACGAGAAGAUGAGAGAGUCCAGAGACCGCAGUCUUCAUCAGCUGAAGCAAAGGCUCCAACACCAAAGUUUGACUUACUAGCCUCAAAUUUUCCUCCUUUACCUGGAAGUUCAUCAAGAACUCCAGGUGAACUUGUUUUGGAGAGUAGGAUGUCUGAUGUUGUUAAAGGUGUCUACAAAGAAAAGGAUAAUGAAGAGUUAAGAGUUAGUUGCCCAGUGCCUGCAGAGGAUGAACAGACAGACUGCACCUCUGCUCAGCAACUCAGUAUGAGUACCAGUCCUCCAUGUACAGCUGAGCUUCCUGCAUUAAGCACAACUCAGCAAGAAAAGGAUCUAGUAGAGGAUUCCUCUGUUCAGAAGGAUGUUCUCAACCAGACAGCUAUACCAGUUUCUUCCCCAAGUACUGCAAAGCCAUCAAGGGCAAAUAGUGCUUCACCAUGUAAUAAUAACGUAAAUGCAGCUAUAGCUGUGGCCCUACAGGAACCCCGAAAGCUAAGUUAUGCUGAAGUGUGCCAGAAGCCCCCUAAAGAGCCAGCUCCGGUUCUUGUGCAGCCACUACGAGAACUUCGCUCCAAUGUAGUAUCUCCCACCAAAAAUGAAGAGAAUGGAGCUCCUGAGAAGUCCAUUGAGAAAUCACAUGAGAAGCCAGAAGCGAGGGCUAGUAAGGAGUAUUCUAGCUUCCGAGGCAAUACCAUUCCCAGGGGAGCAGCUGGAAAAAUCAGGGAACAGAGACGCCAGUUUGGCCAUAGGGCUAUACCUCAGGGAGUGACUCGACGUAAUGGCAAAGAGCAGUAUGUGCCACCCAGAUCACCAAAGUAAAACAAACAAACAAACUAUUCAAAAACUUCUCUCUCUUCCCAUUAAACUUGAGCCGUGGCUAUAUUGAACUGUUCUGGAGGGGAGGGGGUAGCCAGGAAGGAAACAGGAGAAAAGCGUAUGUCCUUAAAUCAUUAUGGAUUUUGGAGUUGUGAGCAGUAGAAUCCCAAAAUUCAUCUCUAAAGUGAUUUUAAAAUGCUGGAGGAUUCCAAUCAGUAUAAAUAUAUAUAUAUAUAUAUGUAUACAUAUAUAAAAAUAUAAUUUUUCUAUUUUUGUUUUUGAUUUUAAUUUGCAGAGAUCUUCUGCCUAGAAUCAAUUUUGAGGGUUCAGAUUUAGCUUGAGAAAAAAACAUAUUACACAUCCUUCAGUACAGGAGAUGAGGGAGUGAGAGAAAAUAUUUUUUGAAGAAGCAUUUCUGUAAAAUUAGAAAUUACUUUUUUUAAUCUAUUUAAAGUUUGGCUUGGAGAAUGCCAUUUCUGCCUAUAUGGCCUUGUGUUGCAAAGCAGAUCAGUGGCUGGGGUGCCUGUUGUGUGAGUGUGUGCAAGAGUGAUUGAAGCCAAAUCUGUUGUCAUGUUAGAAAACGAUUUGAAAACUGAAUGUAAUACUUGAGUAGAUUUUUUUUUCCAUUUUGAAAUUGUCUUUUUGACCUUAAUAUUUCAUUCAACAAACUGUUAAGCUCUGAUUGUACCUAGAGAUGUGACUAUCAAUCAGUUUGAUACUCAAGGAAAGAAAGGGGGUUAUUCAAAAAAUCAAAAAUUUGUCUUAGAUCUGAGUGGAUAGGUCAAAUGGACUUCAGAGAUUUAAACUGCUUUGUGAUUUCCUGCCCCCCCCCCCAAAUAGGAGACAGGUUUUUUUGUUACUUCAUUGUUAUUCUCUGUUCUUUGACUACCCACCCCCCAAAAGCAAAAUAAUCAACAUCCUACGGAAUUGUAUGUUUCUAAUUGCCUUGACCAGUCUAGUCAAAUCAUAUAACUGUUCUAAAUCUCCGAUUGAACAUUGAAGUAGUUUACUCUUCUGUUCAUGUAUUUAGAACUUUAGAUCCCAGAAUGGUAGGUCAGACUGACCCUACAGUAAUUUAUUUGUAUUCGUGUUAAAGAUGAAACAUUGUAACUGAUUUCUUAAAGUGUUAAAUAGUGUAGAAGUAAAAAAAAAAAAAAUUAAAGGCUUAAUUUGGGGGUGACUUUUUUGUUUACAAUGUGUUUUAUCAUCUUCCUUCCUUUUCUCCCCCCCUCCCCCUGCCAAAAAAAUACAGUUUGGAAUUCACAGAAACAGAACCAGCAAGUCAUGAGAUUUUUUUACUUAAGGUGAGAAAGAUAGUUGAAGAAAAUUAAUACAUACUUUCUCAGUGAAUAAAGUUGUAGCUGUCAUAUUAAGUAGGCAAGUUUACAUGCUGGUGUUUAGAAAAUGGCUAAAAUAUUAAAAACCAUGUUGCAUUAAUCUGUGUUAAGUCAUACCAUUUUCAGAGUUCCAUGUAAGGUGGGGUUUUGUUUUCUUUUUAGGGAUAGUUUGUAAUAGUCAUAACUGUCCCUUAUGUUAGUGAAUUACAUAUGUACAAAUUGAAACUGUAAAUUGUGAACACUGGAAAGCACCAUUGUGACAUAGAGUAAACAUCUUAGUAAUAUAUUAAAAUGAAUGUAAAUGGAGGUUAAAAUUACAUUACUGUGAAACUCAUCUUCCAACUCUAAGUUAAGCUUUAGAGAUUUGUAUUAGUAGCUAACUAAACACUGCACAUUUCUGUACAAGCCAGGAUUAUCAUUUCUUUGUAACUUAUUAUUCAGCUUGGCAAUUGCUUUUGAUUUGGUGGAUUGAUAACAUGGUAUAAUAUAUUUAAGCAGUUUAAAACUAUUCAUUUCUACACACUAUUUUUAAAAAUCUGCUAGAUGAAACAUACAAUAAAACUACCUGUGCUGAAAUUUGGGGGAAGUUUAGGUCCUUUAAAAAAAAGUAUUAAUAAUCAUUGACUACAUCUAUGAUAAAAGUGCUUAUUUUGGUUUACUUAGAUAAUGCUGCAGUUGGUGGAAAUGAUAAACAUUUAAAGUGUUAACACUCUGUGAAUGCAUUGGAUUUAAGAGAAUAAACAUUUUAUAAAAAUCACUUGGUAAGGAUUAUAAACUUAAUUAUUGCACUUAAAAUGAAACAUUACUUUUUUACAAUGUGUGUCACAUUGUGUUGUAUGCUUGUGGGACUUACUGUUAGUUCACCCAACUUCUAAAAGCUAAAUGUUCUAAUUGAAACAAAAGAAAAGGGUCUUCUUUUGAAGAAAGCAACUGUGUUCUUGCUUUUUUACCCAAAAUGUUAUUGAAAGUACAAAUUUGAAGACGUGAUCAUUUUUAAAUUUCUUAUAAUAUAUAGUGUUUUUAAUUUAAUUUGCCUCAUUACAGCUAAUAGUUCCCAGUUUGGUGGGAUGUAUAGGGAAGAAUGAGUGUGUGUGUGUAAUUAUAUAUAUUCACAGUAUGUAUUUAGCAUUUAUUUUAUUACAGCAGAUUUAAGGUUUGUAUCUAAAUGAUGCCUGUGAGUUGUGUGAAAGUGGAUUUUUUUUUCCAGCAGUUCUCUGUAACUGAUGCAGGUUGGGCGUUUAAA